AUGUCCCGGCUGGUCGUAGUAGAUGGAUUUGUUUCGAGUACGAGGGGGACUUUGGAAUUGCACUUGGUGAUUAUAGAGAUUCUACAAGGAGUGAAGCAACUUCACCCAAAGCUGGAAUACUCAGCCGUCAACAAGCUGAGGAGCAUCAAGCUCGAGGUUAUAGAUUGCACGUUGACCCAGCCCAGGUUCGCCAGGAUAUACUCUAGCCACGUCAAAGGGUCACUGCGACGCUGGGAUGAUCUGAUCGACUGGAUCAGGUUGGACCUGCCCAAAGCUAACGUCGAGAGGACGCAGAAAAUAAUGUUGACAGGACUAUCGUCCCGUCCAAACAUCCAUGAACUUAACCAUUGGAUGUGUUCGAAACUCAGAUCAGACUGCCUGCUGAUUGUUGCCUCACGCAUCGCCCGGGUAGGCAUGUGCCGUGCGCUGGUCUUUGUCUGGACGCUCGCCAUGGCAAAGGACUUGUCCGAGGAUAGAAUAUAUAAUUGUCUCGAAGGAGCGAUGUUCGGCAAUGAGACCAUGAGAAUCCUGGUUGAGCGGCCUGGUAGCAAGGCUAGUGCAACGAGGUGCCAACAAGAGGCGGCACCUUUGGUCGUGCUGGGAUCGUCGAGGCUGCCACCUCACUGGCCUAUAUGCAGCACUUUGAUAUCUAGUGUCAGGGCGAAGCCUUUCCAGAUCCACAAUUCUAAAAAUGCCGGUACAAGUUGGAAGCUAUACUGCAAGAUAACUUCGCCAUUCAACAGCACCACAAAGAAACCGUAUCGGCGGUCAUACUCCUAUGCUUGCGUGCUGUAUGCUGCACACACUGCCAACGCUUUUUAUCACUUGCAAAAUAAAGCUGAAAGACUUUAUACAAUGACAGCACCCCAUUCUUCCGUACAUCCGGGAACACAUCAGCCUCACCCUCUGAGCAUUCAAAACAUGGUUCACCCUGUGGGAAAUCAGGGGCUCUCAUCUUGUAGCAACACUAUGGUGCAGCAGUACGGGUUGAUUCCUGCCGCGAGCAUAUAUAUCAAUCCCGCUGUUUUGCAAUCCGUGGAUGUCCCUUUAGAGAAGCAUCUGCAUCUAAAUCCAGAAAUGUGUCAAAGGGUCAUGACAGGCCAGGGACAGCACAAUCAAGAACACCAAGAGCCAAGACCGUUCAUGCCCGCUCCUAUUCGCGAACCAGAGGUACCAGUGUCGGCUCCAGCCUGGACCAGAAGCACCAAACAUCGGCGGCUGAAGCCAGGAGGUGCGCCUGCGGCACUCGGCCACGGGGGAUCAAGAGCAUACAACGGUCAAUUACAAAUGAUGUCCACAUGGCGGUUUCAGGAUCAUCAGGGAAACCAGCCGCAGGGAGGCUUAUCACACCAUUCUAUCAAGCAUCGCGUUACUCGAGCCAUGGUCUCGCACCGCAGCGGUGUACCAAGAAGCCUGGGGGCCCAGGCAAGAAAUGUCGAAACGGAUCGCCAUGUAGAAUGGCCUCAACGUCCACUAGAACGACGCGUACCUUCAGCUCUUCAACCUCGACUACCCUCUAUUCGAUCGCUUAUUCCCGGACUCCCCAAAACUUUUGCAAAUCACACAGAGGUGUCGACGGCACAUCAAAGCUUGUAUGGUGCGGCGAAACGGCAAGGGUAG